UAUUUGCUAUAACAGGCAAAAUCUCAUGCGAUUGCAGAAAGCGCUGCAAGGCAAUGCCAAACGAGCAGUCAUGUCCAUGCUCAUAUAUCCUGACGAUGUGCCCAAAGUAAUGAAGGAACUCGAAUUCAAUUUUGGUCGGCACGAUUUGUUAAUACGUGCGCAACUACAAAAAGUUCAACAGUUUCCUACAAUUCACGACAACCGCCUAGAUCAGGUUCUGGAGUUUUCCAAUCGAGUUCGCAACAUAGCCGCGUUUUUCAAAUCGGCGCAAUGCGAGCAGCAUCUUAUGAACCCUACACUUCUAGAGCAAUUGAUCUCAAAGCUGCCGCCGUCGAAACAAUAUGAGUGGAGCAAGCAUGCUGCCAACAUUAAGCCGUUUCCUACAGUAGACAAAUUUGCAGAUUGGUUGAGCGACUUGGCCAAGGUCGUGUCAAUCAUGCCUGGGGUAGCUGAAAUUUCUCUGCGUUACAGCCAAGCGUCGUUGCCAUCGUCGCGUCAGCAAUCCGGUAGCAGUCGUCAGUUUGCGUCAAGUGGAAUUCCGGCACGUCGAGUCUUACACAGCAGUGGGGAGCAGCCUGUAUGUUUGUGUUGUGAUCAGUCGCACGUCUUAACUGAUUGCCGUAAAUUGAAAUCAAAUGAUUGCCCAGCCAAGUGGUUGCUUGUCAAACAACACCGCCUUUGUUUCGGUUGUCUACAAGCAGGUCAUGGGUUAUCUGAUUGCCGUCGUCGUAAAGCAUGCGCCAUCAAUGGUUGCAAGCGUAUGCAUCAUCAGUUGCUGCAUCAAGACAAUCAGCCGUCGUCACAGCCAACCGCCGACCGGGAACGCAUCCUCAACUGUCGCCAAGAAAGCGUUGCCGUUCCUCGAGUUCUUCAUGUUCGCAAGUCAGACGCAUUGAAGCAAUUAAAUAAGCUAGUGGAGGAUUAUUUUGCUACAGAAAAUUUUGGUGUCAACAGUCAAGUCGUCUUGGAGUCGGACGAAAACCAACGCGCCAGAAAAAUAUUGGCGGAAACAACAAGGGACCUCGGUCAGGGGUAUGAAGUUGGCUUGUUAUGGCGGGAGGACUCGGUCAUUCUGCCGCCAAGCUAUGCAAUGGCCAAGCACCGCCUACUUAACAUCGAGUCGCGAAUGCAGAGAGAUGCAGUUUUCGCGGAAAACUACAAGAGGGAAGUCGCGAAGUACCUCGACAAAGGAUAUGCGAAGCCAUUGACGCCUGAUGAAGCCACCGUGGAAGGACCAAGAACUUGGUACCUCCCUCACUUUGCUGUUGUGAAUCCACACAAGCCGCAAAAACUCCGCAUCAUUUUUGACGCAGCCGCCGCUACAAAUGGUAUUUCGCUUAAUUCUGUGUUGCUGAAGGGUCCGGAGCAAGCUCAGCCACUGAUAGCUAUUAUACACAAGUUUCGUCAGGGUGUCGUCGCUGUGGCCGGUGACAUCCAGGAGAUGUUCUCGCGAGUACAAAUUCUGGAGGCCGAUCAAGAGUCACAACGAUUUCUGUGGCGAGAUGGCAACACGUCCGAGCCUAUACGUAUUUAUAAAAUGUCGUCAAUGACUUUUGGAGCUAUUUGUUCGCCGUGCUGUGCGGAGCACGUUAAAAAUACCAACGCCAUCAAAUUCAUGUCUACGAUGCCAAGGGGUGCACGAGCUGUCAUUGAAAAUACAUAUGUCGACGAUUUGGUCAUGAGUUUUAAUAGUGCCGAAGAAGCUAUUGAGGUCAUCAACGAAGCUGUCAAAAUCAACGCCGCUGCAUCUUUCAAGCUCCGCGAUUUUAUAUCCAACGACAAACUAGUUCAACAGAAGCUGAAUGGUGAAGGUUCAUCUGCCAACAAGCAAAUCGUAAGAAUGGAGCGUCAAGCAACAAUGGAAAAAGUUCUUGGUAUGUUUUGGAACACUGCUAACGAUGGUAUUGAAUUUCAGUUUAAAUUCCACAAAAUUACUCACGAUGUUAUUGAUGGUACACGACCUCCAACCAAGCGCGAAUUGUUGGGCAUAGCUAUGUCCAUGUACGAUCCGUUUGGUCUCUUGGCAAACGUUACAAUAUGCAUAAAAUUACUGGUGCAAGCAAUGUGGAAGCAACGGGUCCAGUGGGAUGAAGCGAUGCCAUAUGAAUUAGCGCAGCAGUGGUCAAAGUGGUGGAGCAACAUCCAGUCAGUUAAGCAUCUUUCGGUGCCAAGAUGUUACUAUUUAAUGUUACCGGUAGCAGAGGAGAUACAGCUGCUUAUUUUUGUCGAUGCCAGCUCUCUGGCCUAUGUCGCUAUGGUGUGCGCAAAGUCAAGGUGUGCGCCACUUAAGGGUAUGACUAUACCACGUCUGGAGCUACAAGCUGCAGUUCUGGGUUGCCGUCUGAAGGAGUCAUUAGAACGAUGCCAUGAUUUUCGUGUGAGCAGCACUACAUUUUGGAGCGAUUCCAAAACCGUCAUACUUUGGAUUCGUUCAACACAUCGAGACUACAAGCAGUUCGUCGCAUAUCGUGUGGCCGAAAUACUAAGCAAUACAUCGUCAGAUCAAUGGCGCUGGAUUCCCAC